AUGCCGACAUCCAAAGAAAGUGACGUUCAAAGUGGUGUGCAUCCUGUCUUAUUCUCUGGAGUGCACCCCUCGAACCAUAUGGAAUAUACUCCAAAUCUUGCCCAGGAGAACUUUUUCCUCAGCAACACGGCGUCCACUCCGUCCUUUUUGCACGCAGAGCAAAUUAGCCCCAACAGUGCGACGCUCAGUGGAACUGAUGCCGCUGUCCUCACCGCAAACCUUGAGACAGCAUUACCUGGACUGCGACCGCUCAACUUGCUAGCGUCGGCAGCCACCUAG